GAGCUAUCGACUACCUCUCUUGGAAGAUGGUUCAAGGACAAAAUAAAUCAAUAAAUAGACUGGAUGAUAUAAUUGAGCUUACUGAUAAAGGGCAUGAGCAAGUUAUGCUUUCAGAUAUUGAAGAGCUCUUGCCAGUACAAUUGUUUAUUGAAGGUACACAUAGAUCAUUACAUAUACCUGUAGCAUUGCAAUCAAAAGUAUCAAGAAUAAAUCUUAGUCACCAAGCCUAUGACCAUGCAAUUGCAGCACAUUGUGCAUAUUGCAGUUUUAGAGUAGAAAUUGCACUAAAAUUAUUAGCACCAUACCAUAAUACAAUUGAAUGUGAUGAUAUCAGAUUACAUGAAAAUGCUGGUUCAUGGACAAUCUUAGAUCAAUUGGUUAUUACUGAAUUAAAAAAGCAAGGAAAACAAGGCCAAGAUUGCAGAUUUUUCUGUUUUGGAAUAGAUGGAAAAUAUGAUCUAAAUAAUAAGAAAGCACCUGUACUUUCUAUGGUUAUUGAGAAUGAAGCUGAAUACAGGUCUCCAUUAGCAUUUGGUCUUAGUAACAAAAAUGGAAAAGGUUUUCGAUAUCAGAGAGAAUGUGUUUCUUAUUGGAAUCCAUUAGCUAUGAUGGAUAAACAUCAGCCCACUAAACUUGCAUUGCAGGGUCUUAUUCGUGGAACUAUUCUCUGUUGGUUUCACAUUAUGGCAACUUUAGUUGUUGGUCGAAGUAGAUUAGGUGAAGAAGCUACUAUAAUGAAAGAAGAAUAUAAAAAAUUUAUCUACACUUUGUCACUAGACAAUAAUAUAAAAGAUCUUUUGUGUUUUAUCAAUGAUGGAUGGGCACCACAAGUACAUAAUUCAGUCAAUGCAAAACUAAUGACGACAAAUAACCUUACUGAGAGAAUGCAUAAAACAGUAGAAGCACAACAUAGUGGAACACAAACUGUCGUUUCAUUUAUUGAAUGUUUGUAUGAGCAUAAGCAACUUUUACCAAAAAAACCAAUUGACAUAAAACAUCAGAUUAACCAAGGGUGUCUUUAUGUCUUGCUUGCAAAAAUAAUAAAACAAAUUAAUACAAUAAUUACUAAGUUAGUAAACCAAGAUAAUAUUAAUAUACUAGCUAAUUAUUAUCUUGUGAAUAUAUUAUCUGAAGAGUGUACAUAUUACGAUUAUAUCUGGAAUAGUUCUUAUCAUAAUGUCUGUAAACAUGUAUAUGCAGCACGAUUCUAUAUCGAAUUAUUAAAUGAAAGGCUACAAGUACAAGAUGUUAAACAAAGUCUAGUAAAGCAUUUUAAAAAUAAAGAGCAUGCAAUUGUAUUAGAACAUAAGAACUAUAUUAUUUAUAAUGGAACUGUCAAUGAAGAGUCUGCCAGUUGUUCAGAAAAUAUUAAUAAUUCAACAACUAAUGAUAAUGUAUAUAAUGAUACUUUGGAGAUUGCUAUUAAUAUCCCUCAUUCUAUAUGCCAAUGUGGUGAAAAAGAAAAUGAUUCAACCUUAGUAGUGAAAAGGUUACUUGAAGAGUUAUUUCUUGAAAAUGAGUGUUCCUGGAAUCCUAAAGAAUUUACAAAUAUGGCAGUAGAAAAAAAGUUAUAUUUAGAUGAUAAUCCUAUAGAAAAUAGAGUAAAAUUGUAUAGCUGGAUUAGUAAUCAAAAAAUUCAUGCAAAGAAUAUAAACAAUGUUAAUACCUAA